AUGGGACCCAAACAAUCGGCAGACAAAGUCAAGAAGCCUACCAAGGGGAAAAAAGGAGGAAAUCCAGUAUCAGGAUCCUUGAAAGAUGUCGAACAAAGGCGAAGACAGGUCUUUAAGCCGGUGCUAGAUAACCCAUACACCCAAUCUAACCUCUGGCCAUUUAUAGAACCAUCGGAUGCUGAAACUAUAAUAGAGCAUUUAUGCCAUAUAUUGUCUAAAUACGGCCAGUAUAACGACUUAAUCGAGAAGAGCAAGAGCAGCAAGAAUUUUGUCAAGCCAGAGGCUCCAGAAAUAUCGAAGCAUUUGACUAUUGGCUUCAAUUCAACUGUGAAGGCAUUGGAGAGACAAGCUCAAGGCACAAGAGACAAGCUUGCCGGCAAUAAUAAUGUCCCUAAAGAGGAAAAUAUAGAAGAAGAUGACAACGUAUAUAUAAAGUAUGUAUUUAUAACCAAGUUUGAGAUAUCACCCAAGGUUUUACUCGAGCCAUUUCCAGUGCUUACUCGAGUAGCCUCAAGGAACCGCGAGGACCAAGUAAAAUUAGUUCAACUUCCCAGAGGUUCCCUGAAGAGGCUCUCAGAGGUAUUAAAUGUGUCCAAUGUUACGAUUGUUGGCUUAUCCAACGAGUUCACCGAAGCUUCUGGGAUCUACGACCUAAUUAACAGCAAGGUCAAAGACGUAGAGGUUCCAUGGAUAGAGAAGAUGCUAGAGGAUGGGUUCAAGGCUGACUUCAGCAAGCCUGUCUUGAAGGUUUUAAGUACAACGGCACCGAUAUUCCCCAAGAAGAACGACCAAAAGAAGAAAAAGACUCCCCCACAGAAGGCAGACGGUUAG